AUUUUGCCUCUAUCACAAGAAAAGCAUACACAUUUUCUCCUCCCUCAUUAUAUUUGAUGACCAAACACUUCUCUUUCUUUCCACAUCUUCCCUUGAUCUCUCUCUCUCUCUCUCUCUCUCUCUCUGCUCUAAGGUUUAAUACUUAGCCCAUAUCCAUAUAUAGACAGUCAAUAGAUCCUUUUUCUUUGGGUGCUUUCAUUAUCUAAGAAUGAAGCUAUAUCCUUGAAGCCUUUACCAUAGACCUCUCACUUCUCAGUGCUAGCUAUAUUAGGGCUGUCACCAUGAGAGCUGGAGGAUGCACGGUGGAGCAAGCCCUCACGCCUGAAGCUGCAAACGUGGUGAAACAAUCCAUGGGCUUGGCUAGAAGGAGAGGACAUGCUCAGGUCACCCCUCUCCAUGUGGCUAGCACCAUGCUCUCUGCUCCAACGGGUUUACUUAGAACAGCUUGUCUCCAAUCUCACACGCACCCUCUUCAAUGUAGAGCCCUAGAGCUCUGCUUCAACGUGGCUCUAAACCGCCUCCCGGCCUCCACGGGGAGUCCUAUGUUAGGGAUUCAAACUUCCCCUUUCCCCUCUAUCUCUAACGCUCUCGGUGCAGCUUUCAAACGCGCGCAGGCUCACCAGCGGCGUGGAACCAUCGAGAGCCAGCAGCAACCGAUCUUAGCAGUCAAGAUUGAAGUGGAGCAGCUCAUUAUAUCCAUCCUCGAUGAUCCUAGCGUGAGUAGAGUGAUGAGAGAAGCUGGUUUCUCGAGUCCUCAAGUGAAGAGCAAAGUCGAGCAAGCUGUUUCUUUAGAGAGUUCCUCAAAAGCAAUAUCCACGAGUAAACCCAAAGAAGGACAGUUGUUAACUCCUGUCGUCAGGGACGAGGAUGUCAUGAACGUUAUGGACAAUCUAGUCGACAAAAGGAAGAGGAACUUCGUGAUCGUGGGAGAGUGUUUAGCCACUAUUGACAAAGUUGUGAGAACGGUGAUGGAGAAAGUUGAUAAAAAGGACGUGCCCGAAGCUUUAAAAGACGUUAAGUUUAUAACGUUAUCGUUCUCAUCGUUCGGACAACCUAGUAGAUCCGACGUGGAGCAUAAGCUAAAGGAGUUGGAGACACUCGUGAGGAGCUGUGUCGGAAAAGGAGUGAUUCUAAAUCUUGGAGACCUGAACUGGUUCGUAGAGUCUAGAACAAAAAGUUCUUUGAUGUGUAAUAAUAAUAAUAACGACAACUACUGUGCUGUGGAGCAUAUGAUAGUGGAGAUUGGGAAGUUGGCUCGUGGGUUGCUCAUGGGAGAUCACGGAAGGUUUUGGUUAAUGGGUCUUGCGACUUCACAGACUUACGUGAGAUGCAAGUCUGGUCAACCCUCGCUUGAGUCCCUUUGGUGUCUCACCACUCUCACUAUACCCACCACGACUAGUAGUAGCCUCCGGUUGAGUCUUGUCUCCGAGAGGGAGCUUAAUGUCAAGAAAUCAGAGAGCUUACCUCUGCAGAUGGAUUCAUCAGAGGAUCAGCUCAGUUUCUGUGAGGAAUGUUCUGUCAAAUUCGAAGAAGAAGCUCGAUUCUUGCGAUGCAGGAAUAACAACAGCAAUUUAAACACUGCAACAGUUUUACCGGCGUGGCUUCAGCUAUACAAGAAGGAGACUCAAAAUAGUCACAAUGAUUCAGAUUCUAUGAAAGAACUUGUGGUUAAGUGGAACACAAUCUGCGAUGCAAUCCACAAUAGACCAUCCUUCAAAACACUCACACUAUCUUCUCCUGCUUCUGGCUCCACUCAACCUUGUAGUACUAUGCAUCAUCUUCAAACCAAUGGUGAUGCAUUCCCCUUAAGAGUGUUCCUUCCAGAGCUUCUCUCUUCGUAUCCUAACUCAACAGUUAACUCAGAAGCUUCUCCAAGCGAUGGAAUGGAGGUGGAACAUGCCUCUUCUAGGUUUAAAGAAAUGAAUGCCGAAAACCUAGCAGUGUUAUGUGAUGCCUUGUAUAGCAAGGUACCAUGGCAGAAGGAUAUAAUCUCAAAUAUAGCGAAAACAGUCUUGAGAUGCAGAUCAGGCUCGAGUACGAGAACAAUCAACGGAGACAAAGAUGUAAGAGAAGAUACAUGGAUGUUCUUUCAAGGUCUUGAUGUAGAGGCUAAAGAGAAGAUCGGUAGAGAAUUGGCUAAACUCGUGUUUGGUUCGCAAGACAGCUUUGUCUCCAUAUGUUUGAGCAGUUUCUCAUCGAAAGAUUUGAGGAACAAGAGGUCGAGAGAUGAACAGAACUGGAGUUACAUUGAGAAAUUCUCUGAAGCUGUUUGUUCUGAUCCAAACAGAGUGUUCUUAGUGGAAGAUAUAGAGCAAGCUGACUAUUUGUCUCAAAAGGGUUUCAAGAGAGCCAUUGAGAGAGGAAGAGUUCGUAGUUUGAGUGGUGAAGAAGCUUCGCUUAGAGAUGCUAUUGUGAUCUUGAGCUGUGAAAGAUUCAUCUCAAGAUCAAGAGCUUGUUCUCCUCCUUUUAAUGAGAAAUCGGACGGUUCAGAUCAGUCUGAGGACAAGAACGUUGUUACUUGCGUCGCACUGGAUCUUAACCUCUCUCUUGACGAUGACGUUUGCGGAGAAGAGUCAUGUGAUGAGAUCAGCUUGCUUGAAGCUGUGGAUGCACAGUUUGAUUUUAAGUGUUCAUCAACAUAACAUCAUGAUUCAUGCAUGUGUGCAUGCAUACAACAUGGUUCAAUCUAUGAACAUGAACAAUGAUCAAAUCGAUUACACCAUGCGUUAUUUGUCUCCUUAGGAAUUAUCUUUCACUUGGACAAUACUUUGGGUUAGACGUGUAGUUUUAGAAAUUUUUUUAUUUGGCUUAGGAAAUUUCAAGAAGGAUAUGGGAAGCCGGAUAAUUUCUUACAUAUUUUUGUUCAAUGUAAAAUUUAUACUACUAUUUACGAAUUGAUUUUUCGCAAUGGAA